CUAGAAUAGGGUUAUACAUGUUGUUCAACGCGAAAGCAACGAAUGCAGUUUAGGGUGGACAUGGAACACCCUCCCUCACUAGAUUGAGUUUCGUUCCUUUUCUUCUCUCUCUCUGAUGGCGUCGUCCCAUUGCACUCGUCGUCUUAUCUCUCUCUCUUCCUUGAAAUCAGCCGUUAGACCAAUGAAUCAUUCCCCUCUUCUCAACGCUUCUCAGCCACGCCGUCUAUCCCAUUCCCCACUCUUUAUCAGAAAUUGUGUGUACCAACUAGGAAGUGUGCAGUCACUGUUGCCUUUACAUAGUGUAGUGGCCACUGCAAGAAUGGUGUCUAGUCUCAGCAUUAAUUCAAGGAGUUGUGAAGCUCUUUCACAGGCUACCCUAUGCUGCAACCACCCUGGACCCUGAGGUCUAUGUUACUUUGCAUAGUCAGUGAUUGUCUCCUUUCUUGUCACCCUUGUUCCAAUUGGCUCAAAUGGCUCAGGGGAAGAAGGAUAAACACAGCUCAUGAUAUAUGGAGCUUGUUGUGAUUGGCAAAAAAUAAAAAUUAAUGAUGAUGUUGAAUUUCAGAUGAGUUACAAAGUUUAUGUCUUAUGAGUUUAGCAUCAAUUCUUUUUCUUCCUAUAGACCAGAUGUAGCAUUGUUUUUUUUAUUUGGUUAGUUUUUGUAUGGAUCCCCUAUUUUUCAAUCUAAUAUAUGUUCUAGUGAAUCU